AUACUUUGUAUGAUGUACUCUUAUAUUGUUUUGGAUUAUCAUUGUAAUAAUAGAACGAAAAAAAAAAAAGAUAUAAUACAAGCACAUACAACACAUACAUAUAGAUAAUCUAUAUACUUAUAUGUAUGCGUAUUAUUAUUAUUGUUAAAGCAUCUUCCGAACAUAUAUGUUUAUAUAUGACUACCAUAUCCUUAUAUAUAUAUUAUACGCAUUAUAUAAUUUUCUUAAUUGUAUUUCCUCCUUUUACUAUUCUUCUCCACUUUUAUAAAGUAAUAUACUAUUUUAAAUAUAUGUAAAUUGUUUGUUCGAAUUUGAAUAAUUAUUAUACAUACGCUUUAAUUAAGAAG